AUGACCGAGGAACGUCCACCAGUAGACGAUAGUGAACUGGACCUAUUGGCUCUUAGUCUUAAGCCAGUAGCCUUUAUCCCUCACGACCGUGAGGUGUGUUUCGCUGCGUUAGAGACGCAGUAUAUCGCUCGUAACGUGCGGAGUCAGCGCCCCAAAUACGUUUACGCAGUAGAGGCAAUCCCUGGCGACCAAAUGUCCGCCAUUAGGGAUAUUAUCCUUAAACCAGCAGAGAAGGAUGCGUACGACAUUCUGAAGGCUGCUAUCCUUCAGUUCCACACCCCCUCUAACGAGGAAAGUUUACGCCAGUUGCUGGCUCGUCAUCCGAUUGGUGACACGACGCCAAGCAUGCAUUUGGGGUGUCUAUACUCGUUAUCCGGCCCAGCAAACGCCCAAUGUGACAUCGUCAGAGAGCUGUGGCUCGAGUCGUUGCCACGUCACAUCCAACUGACGGUAAUGGCUCUGCUGGAGGACUCCUUCAUCGACAAAGCUGCGUCGAUUGCCGAUCAGAUAGUUGCACGUGUCAGUAAUGAGGAUAAUUUCCUCGUUGACACCACAUACCAACCGUAUAGGGAUAAUAGGGAUAAAGAUGCGGUACGGCCUUCGCAGGCACGACCACAUUGCAUACACCAGCGCUUGUCCUUCAAGGUCAGAGUCCCGGUGCCCACAACAAAUACCUAUGGGGCUAAGCCUAGGUUGGAACGGGCAGCACAGCCUGCCCACGUUCACCAAAAGCAACCAAAGGCUCAGAAGCUCCGCCCCGUGCCAACCACCUAA